AUGUAUUCAAUCUUAUUCUUAGUCUCCUCCGUUCUCAUUGUAUCCUUGGCUGUCCCAUUGAAAUCGGGACCUGCUUAUCAGACGGAUGACUAUUACACCCUAGAAGGAAUCGAGCAGUAUCUCAAAGGUCUAGCCAAGAGCUAUAGUCACCGAGUUUCAGUGAAGGAAAUCGGAAGGUCCUACGAAAACCGAAGCCUGAACACCAUCACCAUAACCAAUGGCGACGGGCGUUCGGGAAAGAAAGCUAUCUUCAUCGAUGCAGGAAUCCAUGCCAGGGAGUGGCUAGCUCACACCACGGCCUUGAACAUUAUCAAUCAGCUGGUGGUGAACUUCGAGGAGAAUAAGAAACUCCUGCAGGACCACGACUGGAUCAUUCUUCCCCUGGUUAAUCCAGAUGGAUACCAUUAUUCCCGAUCUAUAGACAAAUCUUGGCGCAAGAAUCGCAGACCCAGCAGCGAAAAUUGUGUAGGCAUUGACCUUAAUCGGAAUUUUGGAAGUGGUUGGAGUCUAGGAUAUGCUGAUUCGGACCCGUGUGGGAUUACAUAUAUGGGUCCUGGGUCUUUCACAGAGCCUGAAUCUAGGGCAGUGCAGCGAGUACUCCACGAAAUUGCCGAUUCUGGUCGAGGUAUUAUGUAUAUAUCGUUUCAUUCAUACGCUUACGAAAUUCUCUACCCAUGGGGGUAUAAGGAGGUUAACGCCACGAACUACAAGGAGCAUGAAGCAGUGGCCACUGCUGGUCAAAGAGCCAUAAAGAAAAAGUUUUCAUCAGAAUAUAAGGUGAAACCAUCAUUUGACAUGUCUGUCAUAGGUGGCGCUUCAAGUGACUAUGCCUACAGCAUAGGUUUUCGCUUAUCCUACACUUGGGAACUUCCAGGCGAAAGAAAUGGUUCCAAAUUCAACUUCCAUCCACCCAAGGAACUGAUUAAAGAACUCGUUAAUGAAACUUGGAUUGGUGUUCGCGCUAUGGGAGCAAAAGUCGCACAAUUGUUGUAAAACAAAUGUUCAUUAAACUUAAAAUUCAGCAAAAUAAUAAAAUUCAAUUAAUAAAUCUCAAAAACUCUU